GAGGGUGAGGGUGUGAGUAAGAAAGAGAGGGAGACCAAAUCCAAGAGGCAAAAGGAGACAGAAACAGCGAGACAAAGAGCAAGAGACAGAGCCAACAGUUUGAGUGAUUUUCAUGGACAGUUAAGGACCUACAGUGAAGAAAUUACAAGGACCGAAUCACUGAAAUGUAAUGGGACUUGACUGACAGGACAACAAACUGGUCCACCUGUUUGGCACGGAGGGCUGUUGUGGAAAGGCUGAUCUUUACAUAUGAAAGUUUAUUGGACAAGCGUUUACUUUUGAUACACUGGACAAUUUGGUGACUGAAGACAGCCACCAAAGGAAAACCAAGAUUUCUGAGGAUAUACACUACAACUUUGAGUAAGACCAGCUUCGUGCUCUCAUUCUCUAAAACUUAAAAAAAAAAACACUAUAAAAAGGACAAAUACCAGUGUUAUAUGAUUUACAGAAAAUAGAUUCUACAUGUAUAGAUCACAGACCUGUGCAGCCAAGUUGUGACAUUUGCUUAAAACAAAAACAACUGUCAGUCAAAAAUAUAUUUUAUUUCUGAGGUCUAACUAAAUAUCCUUUACUAUAAGAAACUACUGUACAAACUUCUAUAUAACAGUGCAUAAAUGUAACUUAAGUACAGUGCUGUAAUUACAAAGUAAGCUCAGGGAAAAAUUACAGACAUUUGUAAUUAAGGACCAUCUAUAAAAGGCAACCAAGGAAAGGGUGAGGUCUGUGACGGGGGGAGAAGAGUAGGCCGCAAGGACGCCAAGACAGAGAGCAGGACAUUGAGAACCUCACCAGCUGCUUCUGGGAGACAACGUACACACCAUGGAUCCUCAUGGAGGACACUACCUCAACAAAGAUGCUGUGUUGUCACCUUUAGGCGCAGCCCGAAUGUGCCAAAUGCUACUUGGUUGCACCAUACUGGCUCUUGUGUCUCACAGUGCAGGCUACAGUGCCACCUAUGGAAACUUCUGUAUGUUUGUGUGGUGCUUCUGCUUUGCUGUGACACUGGUCGUGUUCACCUUGGACAUUACACGGCUCCACACGUGCAUGCCCAUUUCCUGGGAUAACUUCACUGUGGCCUUUGCCAUGCUGGCAACUCUCAUGUACAUCACUGCCUCUGUGGUCUACCCUGUGUACUUCCUCCAGACAGAGUGCCCUGAUGAAAGCUGUGAGGUCCAAAUCUACCGCAUUGCUGUCACUGUCUGCUCCAGCGUCUGCUGUUUCCCCUACGGAGCUGAGGUAUUCCUAACUCGAGCCAAACCAGGGGCUGUGGUAGGUUACAUGGCCACUGUGUCUGGGCUGCUCAAGGUGGUCCAGGGUUUUGUGGCCUGCAUCAUUUUCGGGGCCCUGGCCAAUGACAGCGAGUACAACAAGUACAUUGCUACCCAGUACUGUGUAGUGGUGUACAGCCUGUGCUUCUCUGUGACUGUGAUUGUGGUCAUACUCACAGUUUCUGGAAGGACCUCAGCCCUGCGGUUCCCCUUUGACCGAUUUGUUGUUGUCUACACCUUCUUUGCUGUGAUCCUCUACCUCAGUACUGCACUGAUCUGGCCCAUCUUCAGCUUCGAUAGGAAAUAUGGCACAACUGCUCGUCCUGAGGACUGCCCACGUGGAGAAUGUCCCUGGGACAGUAAGCUGGUGGUGGCAGUGUUCACCAAUGUCAACCUAAUCUUAUAUUUUAUUGAUCUUGUUUACUCCCAGAGAAUUCGCUUUGUCUCCAGCUCUGCAGUCUGAAAAAUGUCACCCCCUCAAGACUAUUUAGCCUCAGAGACAAAUAAAGAAGGUUGGAGAAUCUAACACUGUCUCCACAGUCAAGACUCUAUGAAGGACUCAUUCCCUUGAAUCCAUGAAUUUAUGGUGUUGUGUAUGUGUAACAACUUUUAUUAUCAGUAUUUGUUAUUAUUCUAACAUUACAGUACUAUAACAGUAUUACCCAUGAUAAACGCUACAAACAUGAGAGAAAGUCUUUCACCAGCUCUGCAGUGACCCACGGGGAAGAGCAUGCCAGGUGUACUCUUGAGCUGAUCUCAGCAACUUCAUCCACAGAGGUCUCUGGGAAAUACGUCGAUCUCAGCACCAGAUACAUCCCUCCUGUCCAAGUUCCUUUGGUGGUCUCAAACAAAAUGGACCGAUGCGAGUGUGUGGUAAUGUUUAGAGUAUCAGAACAGUGCUAUAUCAGAUAGACACCCUCAGUCUGCUUAGUCUUACAAAGACUAAGCAAUUUAUUUAACUGUAUUUAAACAAUGAAAAGAAUGGAAAUAUUUCUCAUAGAGAUGCAUAGUAUAUGUUAAGUCUCCAGUGUGCACUGAACAUAGCUUUUGGUGUUGGCUUUAUAGCCGUUUUGCUGUUGUUCUUUUUUUUCCCCAAUUUUUAUAAUAUUCCUCAUGUAUGUAAUGUCAAAAGUUCACGUUUAUAAGGCUUUUCAUGUAAUCCACUGAAUGUUACAUGCGUCUGAUACGUGAAAGUUUUCUGAAGGCAAAAUUUUGACAACAGUAUCAAAUUGAUUUAUUGGGAUAAGCACAAUCAGUGCAAUAUUUCCUUUUUGCUGUUUUUGAUAUGUUCCAUGUUUAAUAAAAUAUCAAGCUGUA